AUGUCUUUCCAAGGCGAAACACCCCCCACCCACCGCAUCAACCUCUCACUCCCCCCUGCACAGCGCUACUCCGCGCUCGCACACCUCUACCGCCCCCAACUGUGCGCGCUGACUUCACUCUUCGACGACCUCGUCCUCGGCCUCUUCCCAGAAUCGUAUCUCCCGCGUAUAAAAUCGCUAGCGCGACUUUUUCUGCGCCGGGUCUACGAUGGUGAAGAGACGCAGGAGUUGCGCGGGAUCGCGGACGCGACGGGCAUCGAGAUGUACCUGGUGGUUGCACUGAAUGUGCUCCUCGAUUUGUUGAUGGGGUGUACCAGUGGCGCUGCUUUGUCUUCAUCAUCAUUUUCGCCUUCCUCAUUAUCGCCAACAGGGGAACAGGGAGAUGCAGGAGACGAAAAGAGAAUGCUCCACUUCCGAACCCUAGACUGGGACAUGCCGGCACUGCGCCAACUUGUUGUGAAACUGGAGUUCGUGGCCGACGAUGAAGAGGAUAGCCCCGUGCUCGCGACAAACAUCACAUACGUGGGGUUUGUCGGUGUCCUUACCGGAGUCCGGCAGGGGCUCAGUGUCUCGCUGAACUUCCGGCCAAACCAUGAUGCUAGUUCGUGGGUGAAGCAGGCGAAGUUUUAUGGGUCUCAUUUGCUUGUUCUUCUCGGGUUCAAGAGGUCGAUUGCUUCUGUACUGAGGCAUGUGAUCAUUCCAUCGACGACGAAAAAGCAGGCGUGGUUGCAUCCGCAAGGCAAACAGGAGGCGGCGCACCAGCUUUCUCUAUCUGAAGCAGUGUCAAGAAUCAUACGGAUACCAUCGACGGCUUGCUACCUGAUACUGUGCGAUGGGCGGGAGGCCUACGUGCUAGAGAAAGACUACAAGACAACGACAGUGGAAUCUAGCUCUUCCUUCAUUGUUGCUACAAACAGUGACCGCGGGGCGGACCCGCAGGCCCUUGACCCUUCCACGCAGCAGGAACAUCGAGGCGCUUCGCUGACAACCGGGGAGCCAAUCGCGAUGGUUGAUCUUAUCAAUGAUAGCAUCGAGAGACGGGCAUGCAUGCAGGCACACUGGGAUAUAAAGGUCACGGAGGCAAGACAGGCCACCCGGCGUGCCUUGCGAGCCGCACAAACUCGGAAGGAUCCGUUGAGGCGAACCCGGUCUUCCCAGAGACAAACCACGACUGUUUCUUCCUCGGAAGCUAUAGCAACAGCCGCGUCUGAUGAUACCCUGCCCGACGCGGAGGUCACGGCGACGCUAGAUGAAAUCGUGGCCUGGACAACGCAAUUUCCAACCACGAAUGAAAUGACGCAUUUUUCAGCGGUGAUGGAUCCUGUCAAGGGGGCUGUUGCCUGGGUUCGGCGGUACCCCGAGCCUUUGGAGGAUGAAUGGGAGAUGUCUAACUUAGAGUAA